UUCUCGUAAACAAGUAUUGAAGAUUGUUGACUGGGAAACUAAACCAAAAUGCCUGAUAAGAAGAAAACUCACUUGUCUCAGUUGGAUGAUGAAAAAUCGGGCGUAACUCUGAUGAAUAGUGGUGCCAGCCUGGUUCAUGGAAAGGAUGACGAUUCCUCCGUGGGGACGUUCAGUAGCUCCAGUAGUAUGAGCGGAGAUGAGAACACUGAACGUGGAAACUGGACUGGACGCAUGGACUUUCUGCUCUCUUGUGUGGGCUAUGCUGUUGGUUUGGGAAACAUCUGGAGAUUCCCUUACCUGUGUUAUAGAAAUGGGGGAGGAGCAUUCCUCAUUCCCUACAUCACUUUCCUGCUGCUGUGUGGAAUGCCCCUGUUUUUCCUGGAGGUGUCCUACGGUCAGUUUGCCAGCCUGAGUCCCACUGCAGUAUGGAAGCUGAGCCCUCUUUUCAAAGGUAUUGGCUGGGGCAUGGUCAUCAUCUCUGGAAUCGUGUGUAUCUACUACAACAUCAUCAUCACCUGGACAUUGUACUACCUGGUGAUGUCUCUCAGGUCGGUCCUGCCUUGGGCCAGCUGUGGGAACGAGUGGAACGAUGACCGCUGUGCUCUUAGAGCACACAAUGGAAAUGAGACCUUGCUCAACCAGACUGCUGCCAAUGAGACUGUCAUGACUUACAACACCACCUUCAGUGUGAAUGGCACUGAAGUGUCUGCAGUGCUGACCUCUGUUGUUGCUAAUGCCUCAGAACUGCCCAAGCAGACCCCCAGUGAGCAGUACUGGCAAAACCAUGUCUUGGAGCUGACAAGUGGCAUCGAUGACCUUGGUGACAUUCGUUGGCAGUUGCUGGUGUCUCUGAUUGUGGCCUGGAUCUUGGUGUUUCUGUGCCUGUUUAAGGGUGUCAAGUCCUCUGGCAGGGUUGUGUAUGUGACGGCUACGUUCCCCUAUCUGGUGCUGAUCAUCUUGCUGGUGCGGGGUGUUACCCUCCCAGGAGCCUUGAACGGAAUCAAGUUCUACCUCAUUCCAGAUUUUGCAAAAUUGGGCACCUUCAAAGUGUGGGCAGAAGCUGCAGCUCAGAUUUUCUACUCUGUGGGUGCAGCCUGGGGCGCUCUCAUCACUAUGUCUAGUUACAACAAGUUCAACAACAACUGCUUCAGAGAUGCUUUGAUUGUUCCUGCCAUUAACUGUGGUACUAGCAUCUUCGCUGGAUUUGUAAUCUUCUCCAUCGUUGGCUUCAUGGCUCACGAGACUGGCCAAGAUAUCAAAGAUGUGGUCACACAAGGUCCAGGCCUUGUGUUUGUGGUUUACCCUGAAGCUCUGGCUAAACUGCCAAUCUCUCCACUGUGGGCAGUGCUCUUCUUUCUCAUGUUGUUCACCAUUGGUCUUGACAGUCAGUUUGGGAUGUUUGAAACCAUGACCAGUGCUUUUCUUGACGAGUUCCCAAAACUUCUGCGUAAGAGAAAGAUGCUGUUCACGGCUGUGAUGUGCGUUGUAGAAUUCCUGAUUGGCAUACCACUUGUCAUGCAGGGUGGCAUCUACAUUCUACAAAUCAUGGACUGGUACUGCGCCACAUUCUCCCUGAUGAUCCUCUCCUUCUUGGAAUGCAUGGUCAUUGCCUGGAUUUACGGUGUGGAUCGUUUUUACAAGGACAUUGAGCUGAUGAUUGGGUACAAACCUCCAAUUGUAUACAAGUAUGCCUGGUGUUACGUCACUCCUUUGGUGAUUGUGUUCAUCCUAAUCGCCAGCUUGGCCAUGCACACUCCUGUCACCUAUGGCGAUGUUGUCUAUCCUGAAUGGGCCGUUGGGCUAGGCUGGGUGAUGGCAUCCAUUUCCAUGGUGCCAGUACCAAUUGUCAUGAUUGUCAAGAUUUUGAGGGAGGAAGGUUCUUUUGUAGAGCGUGUGAAGAAGCUAGUCCGACCUGCUCCAGAGUGGGGACCAGCUGUGUUAUCCCACAGAAAGAGGUACCUCUUAACACUGCCUCCCGCAGAGAGGAGUCGUAUGGUGAAAGACCUUUCCACGUGUAGCUCCCUAAGCACGGGAAUAAACGACGAGGAAAGCAAUAGUGGGAGCAGUGACUGUGACAGAGAUGAAAAGAGCGCAAUCGAAAUGGACUGUUUGAUGCACGAAUCUGAAAUCAAAUUGAAUGUAUGAGGGGACCAGCUAAUGAGAUCAUGUUUGUAUUUGUAUUCAGAGGUUCAUGGCUGCUCAAAGGUUGAGAGGACUUAAAGAAAUGGGGUGCAGCGCUGAAGAGUUUUGUUCUACCGGUGAGGGCAGCAGGGUGCUGUGCUGUGCUGUAGAGGUGGCUGCCUGGCCAUCAUUAGCCCUAAAGUUUCAAAGCUCUUUCUACUGCUCCACAGCUGAGUAAAAUUGAGACACACACAACAAAAGCAAAUGUUAAGUAACUAACUUCGUGUAAUCAAGCUUGAUUGGAGAUAACGAUUGUUAGAAAAUACCAUUAUUGAAUAGGUAACUAGGGGCUGAUUGUGUGCACCACACCCUGAGUACACAGCGGAUUGCUUGAUGUACUGCCCUUCAAGCGGUGUACUUAUCCAAGCAUCGGAUACCUGUGUUCCACAGGGUGAUGUGUAUAUCAACAGCCCUGAGAUGCCUCAUACUAAUAUUUGCUCAAUUUAUAUUGAACAUGAUAUUGUAUACGAACAUUCAUUCAGUAUCCAAACAGUCACUGCCAUGGUAACACAGUUUAGGCAGUUACAUAUAGCUAAGCAUUAGUCACUUAUGGUCUGGUCUUACGUGAGCUGUGUAUGAGCUGUCUAGUCUUAAAGAUGCUCCAUCAUCACAAUGAAUCAGGGGGGAUUUUCGGAGUUAAAACUCUGUGGGGGAUGGAAGCUGACAUUGCUGUGCAAAAUGUAAUUCAGUAAAAUCUUAUUUUUCUCACUUCAAAUUGAAAAUUAAAUGAAUUUGGCCCUGUUUUGCACAUUGAAUAUUUUUUCUAGAAAUUGUCCUCGAUAUAUUACUUUCACAGUCAGGAGAAGUUCGGCAUGAUAAAAAAAUCGUAGUCUUAUAAGAUAGUAUAAAUGAUGGAGCAUUUUUAAGAAGCAGACGAUUGACUGGAGUAUGCUCCGUAGUGCCAUGCAAGUGUGACUGUGAUACUCCAGAGGCCACAUUAAAAAAAAAAAAAAAAAAAA